AAAAUCCUGCUAUGCUGUUGGCUGUUGAGAUUUUUCCAAGGUUCUUACUCGUCUCUUUCUCUCAAACUAUCUUAACCACAAACCCCUCACUUUCUUAUUGCUCGGCGAUCAUCACCGGCACACUACAUGAGCCAUUCCUAGCUUCCUUGAACCCAUUACCAAACUAACAGACUUAUAAUUAAUCCUUAGCCAGCAUGGGACUCUUCGUCCAUACAAUCACAAGCCAUGGAUAACGACUACAGACCUAAAAUCCAACGGUUCGGCCGUUGGUUUACUAACAAGCACAAGUUCAGAUCUCACUCUUCACUUUCUACACAUCUUUCAGAUGGGUCUGGAGAUGAAUACGAGGAGGAAGAUUUGUCUAUCUCAUCGGAGAUGGAUCCGUGCAUUCUAACCAAUGAAUUACGGAUAUUUGUGGCCACUUGGAAUGUUGCGGGAAGAUCUCCGGUUGGAAGUUUGGCUAUGGAUUUGGAUGAAUGGCUGAAUGUGAAAGAAUCAGCCGACAUCUAUGUUCUUGGAUUUCAAGAGAUUGUACCGUUGAAAGCUAAAAAUGUCAUCGGAGGAGAAGAUCUAACCGAAGCAACAAACUGGAACCUGCUUAUUGGACAAAUACUUAAUGGGUGCCCUUGGAUGCUAAAUCCAGUCACAAGCGAAGAUUAUAACUAUCUAAAUGUCUCCAAAAGGGAAACAAGAGCAGGUACAAGUUCACAAGAAGAAGAGCUUAAUGGGUGCAGUAGGUACAGGCUAAUGGCAAGCAAGAAGAUGGUUGGGGUGUUCAUAAGUGUGUGGAUGAACACAAGAUUGUUCAAGAGAUACUGUAUAUCGAAGGUGAAAGUUUGUGCUGUGGCCUGUGGCGUUAUGGGUUAUUUGGGAAACAAAGGGUCAGUGUCUGUCAGCAUGUCGAUAGAAGGAACUAGCUUCUGCUUUAUUGUUGCCCACUUGGCUUCUGGUGAGAAGAAAGGGGACGAAGGGAGAAGGAAUCACCAAGUUUCUGAGAUUUUCAAGCGAACAACUUUCACUCAACACCUUCCAGAUGAUUACAGUCCUCGGCCUCUCACGAUCCUAGGACAUGACCAGAUAUUUUGGUUUGGAGAUCUCAACUACAGGUUAUACUUGCAAGAUGAUAUAGCGAGGGAGCUGAUAAAGAAGCAAGAUUGGAGAGCACUUCAAGAGUUUGAUCAGCUACGGCAAGAACUGGGAGAUGGCGGAGUAUUUCAAGGGUGGAGAGAAGGGAACAUAGAAUUUGCACCUACUUACAAGUAUUCGACAUUCAAUAGCAACCGCUACUCGGGUACACUUCCAAGCAGAGCAGGAGAAAAACAAAGGACUCCAGCAUGGUGUGACAGGAUCUUAUGGUAUGGGAAAGGAGUAAAGCAACAUUCUUAUUUCCGCAGUGAGAGCAAGUUCUCAGAUCACAGGCCUGUAUCUGCUCUUUUCUCUACACAGAUUGAAGUCGUGAAGUCUGAUGACACAAGUGUUGUUUCACUCCAACCUGAUGUACCCACUACAGUUUACUCUAAACAUACUGAGAGAGGUAAUGCAGAGGCUUCAUCUACAUUACUUUCACUAAUUACCAAAGAGUUAAAAGCAUCACCAACAAACAAAAAGAAGUCAUAGUAGAAACAAAAAGUUGUGUUGCAAGAUUCAUUGGAUUAGAUACAUACAUAUACUGUUUUUGGUUCAAUUUCUUUUGUUCUUUUAUGGUUCUAUUUUCGCUACUCCUUUUUCCUUAAUUUUUUCCUCCUUGCAACAUAGUAUGCUAUCAAAGACUUGAGUUGGAAGGUACUAUUGACUAUACAGGGAUGUUAUGAAUGACUUAUACAUGUACCACAUGUCAGAAAUGCCCAUAAUCUUGAGGCAUUAAUGAUAUAUGAAUU